UCCAUCCACACGGUUGGGUUCCUGCCAGUCCAGCGCAAUGUUUUUCCUUUCCGCAACCGACAUGGCGGGCUUUUGAUUGCUCAAUGCUUGCACCAUCGUGGUCGCCAGGGGAUCGCCGUGCUGAAUGGGCAGCACACCAAUGGCGGCUCGCGCGAGAUCCAGCAGGAGGGUGAGAGCAUCAUGGGCUGGUGCAAGUCCCCUUUUGCGGGUUGGCGGCGACUGGCCAUCCAUUGUGCCAUUGUGCCAUUCCCCGUCCCGUCGCAACCAUCAUCCGACGGUGCAGCGGCCGUGAGGUUUCUUCGCUGCUUCACCCUGAAAACCCGUAUCCACCGUCGAUGCAGCGGCGUUCCAAAGCUUGUCGAGACAGCAAUCGGUUUCCGGACUUUCUCCUCGACGCUUCUUUUUGCCUGUCAAGACCCGCCUACCCUUACUCUCUGCCUGCCCUUGCAAGCUACUCUGUAUCCCGUGAACCAACGGCCGCCGAUCGGGGUUGCACUUGCUCCUGGCCCUGGCUUCUACGCCAGGAAUCACCCAAAGCCGACCGUGCGCUUGGGUUGGACGGGCAUCCCCCAGGCCCAGUUGCUUCACCUCACAUCAGAAAUGCAGGCAUUCAACUUUCGACGCUGUCCAAUUGAUCUCAGAGUCUUUCGGGUUUCGAGUUUUACAUGA